AUGGAAGAGGUUCAAUUUUCCGAGGAAUUAUUUAGUACGCAAGAUGAAGCCUCGUUUCAAAACGUAGAUUCCUUGCCGGACGUUGUUCCUGAAAAGUCAGUGGAGAAAGAUUUAGUACCUGUGGCACAAGAAAACGCAUCCAACAAUGUAGCACAAGAAGCUAAUGCGUCGAUCGAAAAGGACACUCCGGAUCUUGUUUUUUCUGAAGAUAUCGAUUUUGAUAAACAUUGCGAAGAGGCGAUCGAUGCUUCAGAUAAAUCUAGCGCUGUUGAAUCGACCGAAAAUGCGGAGAAUAUCGCACAACCGGAAGCUUCUCACGAGGCUAUAGAAUCCAAUGUACCUCAACCCAUGGAUGAAAACGUCUCAAGCACUAAAGCGCCUGAAGAACGAUUGGCUCUGUUUCCGUUUGCCCGAAUUAAGCAAAUCAUGAAAUUGGAUCCCGACGUUGGUAUAGUAUCGGCAGAGGCAAUAUUCGUGGUGACGAAAGCGGCCGAAUUGUUUCUUCAAACGCUGGCAAAAGAUACCAGCUCGCACACACUUGCUUCCAAGAAGAAAACGAUGAGCAAGAGGGAUGUGGAAUUAGCAAUAGAUAAUGUGGACGCGCUGAUGUUUCUCGAGGGAAUGAUGAAUGUGUAG